AUGUGCUCUCGUCAGCGUCAAAAGGAGGACGAGGAGAAGAGCUUCUGUGAUCUGUUAAUCCGUUCAUUUUCUUUUGGCAUCUCCAUUGUGCCUCUUUCUACUCACAAUCUCCCUUGCAACGACUGCUUGAACCGGCCCGACAGUGCGUCGCCGAUGAUGCUUCAGACGGCAGCAACGGCCAAGCGGGCCAUCUCCAUCGUCCUUGCCGUUUUCGUCACCUUGAUCAUCGUGUUCCUUCACAGCAGGCGCGACCGGCUGAUCGUCCUUGCCCCACUGCCGUUGCCGGCGGUGAGGCCGGCGAUGGGGAGGAGCGGCCAGCAACGUUCGCUCCUCGACGACAUCGGCAACAGCACACUUGGCUUUGAAAAGGUCUUCGUGGUCGGCCUGCCGUCGCGAACCGACCGUCGCGAUGGCAUAACGCUCGCGGCCGCCCUCGGCAACCUCCAAAUCGAGUUCAAAGAAGGUGUCGUGGCGUCCGAGGUGGCGGGAAGAGCCAUCCCGAAGAACAAGGAGAUGAAGUAUCUCCAGGGCGCCGUCCUGGGAUCCUGGCGCGGACACAUGAAUGCGAUGCAGGAGGUGGUCCGGCGGAACCUUGAGUCGGUGCUCAUCCUCGAGGACGACGUCGACUGGGACAUCCGGCUGAAGGACCAGCUACGCGACUUUGCCAGAGCCAGCAACGCCCUGCUACAGCCGCUGCGGGAUAGCCCCCACCACUACGCAGACCCAACGUAUCCGAGGCCGUCGUCGGAUUCGUCGCCGCCGCCUCAGGACAUCCCGUUUGAAGACCUCCCCGCGACGUUGCUCCCGACAACGUCUCCGUACGGCGACGACUGGGACGUGCUGUGGAUUGGCCAUUGCGGCAUGCACUUUCCCUUCGACGGCAACGAUAUCCCCAAAGGGCGGGUCAUCCAUCGUCGAGACGUGACCGUGGCGCCCAAGAAGAGCCUCUGGGUCUUCAACUCCCCCUUUACCCUGAAGGACAAGUAUCCCGACCACACGCGUGCCGUCCACCACGUGCAGGAGGGCGUCUGCACCCUCGGCUACGCCGUCAGCCAGAGUGGCGCCCGGAAGAUACUGUUCGAGAUUGCCCAGAAGCCGCCCACCGACGCCUUCGACAUCCUCCUCCGCUUUUUUUGCGAGGGCACCGAGGGCCGCGCCAUGCACAACUGCCUUACCCUCACCCCGGGCCUCUUCCACCACUACCGACCGGCCGGGCCGGUCAAGGAGCUCAGCGACAUCGGAGACCACGGCGAUGCCUUUCGAGAACGGCCCGACUCCGAUAUUGUCCGCUGGAGCGUACGCCUCAACACCCGGGAGCUCCUUGACGGAGGUACCGGCUUUGUGGACCAGUUCCCCGACGAAGAAUGA